AUGAAGUUUUGUCUCAGGGCGUCUUUCAACUUCCGUGUCAACUCAGGGACUGAUCUUUCCGUCUCUGACACAGCAAUUCUCACCCAACCUUCUCUGGCCUCCCCGUAUCGAGACAUUAAAACUCCCCCCGGCUCGUUCAACCGGACCCAAGUCCGGGAAAAGCAAGUUUUUGCAGCCGUCGGCGUUGGACGCUGGAUAUCGGCGGUGCGUGAGGAAAUCAACACGAGGACGACGAGUAUGGAUGGGACCAUCCAGUCGCCCAUCGUCCACCGGCCACCUCCAGUGUGUCGUCCAUUCGUUCAGCCAUUAUUUGAUUUGCCCAUUCACUCGCGUAUCAAGAACACCACCUUCACUCAUCCCUUUGUUCUCAGCUCCUCCCUCUCCCUCGUUCACUAUUAUCCACACUUCCAUCCUUUAUUUCACCUGUUCUUCAGAUUCCAACGCAGCAUCCAACACAACGACCUAGCAGGCACAUACUCGGCUGUCGACACCAACAAUACGACAAGACCCCUCCAUUUAUUUGACAAGGGAACCGACGUCUAG